GUGUCAAAGAAGUGCCUCCUCCUUUUUACGCGCAUCAGUCGCCUCUCACUCCUCUCCCAGUGACUCGAGUAAACAGUUUUCAGAUGCACCCUUUUCAGACAAAGUUUUUCCCUCUCUAGGUGUCUGAGUGAAACCCCACACUGUCCCUGCGUCUUUACGCGCGCAGCAUCCCAUUGCGCGCCCGGCAGCGCAGAAGCUCCAUCCCGUUCUCUCCUCUCCGGACCGCUCCUCUGUGGAUAUUUCCACGCCGCGCAGGAUGGAUGACGAGUUCCUCUCUAACUUAAACCCGGCUCUGGCCGGAGACCCCGAGGCUUUUAGCCCCAACUCCACCGAGGAGCCCGGCUGGUGGGCGUCCUCUGACGGCGGGGAGACGGUCCACUUCGCCGUGCGCUGCGUCAUGACCUCGGUGUACAUCCUGAUCAUCACCGUGGGUCUGCUGGGCAACAUCACGCUGGUGAAGAUCUUCAUCACCAACAGCGCCAUGCGGAGCGUCCCCAACAUCUUCAUCUCCAGCCUGGCGGCGGGAGACCUGCUGCUGUUGGUCACCUGCGUGCCCGUGGACGCCUUCCGCUACUUCUCCGAGGAGUGGGUGUUCGGCGAGGCGGCGUGCAAACUCAUCCCUGUCAUCCAGCUCACCUCGGUCGGCGUGUCCGUGUUCACGCUCACGGCGCUCAGCGCAGACAGGUAUAAGGCCAUAGUGAACCCGAUGGACAUCCAGACGUCCAGCGCAGUCUUCUGGACAUGUCUGAAAGCUGUUUCCAUCUGGCUGCUGUCCGUCCUGCUGGCUGUUCCUGAGGCCAUUUUCUCACAAGUCGUCUCCAUGCAGGGUCACAGAGACAACACAAACGUCACCUUUGUGAACUGCGUGCCCUACCCGCUGUCCAAUCAGAUGCAUCCUAAGAUCCACUCAGUGAUGAUCUUCUUGGUUUACUUCCUCAUCCCUCUGGCCAUCAUCUCGGUGUAUUACUACCACAUCGCUCGCACGCUCAUCAAGAGCGCCCACGACAUGCCGGGAGAAGUCAGCGAACACACCAAGAGACAGAUGGAGACGAGGAAGCGUCUGGCCAAGAUCGUGCUGGUGUUUGUGGGCCUGUUCGCCCUGUGCUGGUUCCCCAACCACGUGCUCUACAUGUACCGCUCCUUCCACUACCACCAGAUGGAUCUGUCGCUGGCCCACCUCGUCAUCACCCUGCUGGCCAGAGUCCUCAGCUUCUCCUCCUCCUGCGUCAACCCCUUCGCCCUCUACCUGCUCAGCGAGAGUUUCCGCAGGCACUUCAACAGUCAGCUGCGAUGUGGUCGAGGUCCCCGUCCUGAGCGCCAACCCAGCUACCUGCACAGCACCUCGCACAUCCGCCUCACCUCGAUCAAAAAGACCACACCCACCACCGCCAUCUUGGCUCCGGCAGCCAACGGCAACCCCAACAGACAGGAAGUGGCUCUGUGAGGCAGCAGGCUGAGAGAUUAUCACUUUCACCUCAUCCUGGGUGCUCUGUGAUCACAGGACUUCUGCAGGAGACGUAAUUUGGUGCACAGAGUAAACUGGGUGGGUAGUUGCUCCUGACCACUUGGACUUCAUCCUACACCUUCAACUUGGCAACCAAACAAAAAGUGCCUCUUGGAAAUUCAAGGUCAAAGGGAACCAUAAAACCCUAAAGGGAAAAUGUUUUACUUUUCUACAGUCACGGGCGUUGAAAGCUCAUCGACAAAAGUGUCUUUGUGAAGAUGGUGGAAGGAGUAAAGAUCUAACAUACGUUGAUUCGAAUGCUGAGAGGACCGACGGUCUUGUUGACAACUGACCACCACUAGCAUGUCCGCUGUGAAAGCUUGUUUCUCUGUGCUUCUCUGCUGGAAUGCUCACUGCUGAUUGAUCUAAAAAGCCAUUUUCAUCUAUUUGGUCACUCUGUAUUGAUUUCACUGAGUGGGAAAAUUUUACUUGCCUUUUUGUUUGCUGCUUCGUGAUAAGUAAGAUCAGAACAUCCCCAGAAUAAACAUCCCAGAGAAUGUUUGGGACCUACUGGAGACUUGACAGUUGUUACGGGAUGGUGUCGGUCUUUUUCUCUGAACUCCUGCUACAGCUACUGUGGAGAUGAAUGGAAUUAGUUUGUAGCAGUUUAACACUACCCAAUGCCUUGUAAACCAAAAUCUCACUGUGUGGAGAAAAUCUGUUUCGUACAUGUUUGGUUUGUGGCUCUGUUGUUUCCUGUAUCCACCAGGUAUAAAGGAGCUAAUGGCAUUAAACACAUUAUUAUACGGUGCUACUGUAGCUCCAGCUUCUGUUGCUCUUGAUGCCAUCAGUAGAAGCACAGACGAUGCUCCUCUAGCUUUGUGUGUCUUGUGGACCUGCAAGACUCCUAUGACUCCUGCUUACAGCCUUGUGGUUCUGGAGGAACUGUUGCAAGUAUCAGUCAGUAUUUUGAAUUCUCAAGGUGCAGCUGGCAUUUGGAAAGUGUCCAGGAUUAUUACUGCAGCGUUGCAUUUCUAAAUUUUACCAACAGUGUAGUUCUGCUGGCAUCAUCAACCCUUGACACUCAGGCUUCAUCGACAUUCACGUUUUGAACUUGGCAUUUAAGUGUAAACAGGAAGCAGCAGGUUGGUUGCUUAGUUCUAGAGCGACCCAAUCAGGAAGCAAAUGUGGCUGCCUGCAUCAUCAUUUCCACAUUUCCACUUCAAUAUUAUGAAUGGAGUUUCUGAAAGUCUUCACCUUUAAAGGAUUUUCCAUAAAGGUAUGUUUGCUAUGUUCAAAAGAACAGACUAUGUUUUAAAGAAAAUACCCCAAAACAAGGAAGUCUUGGGUGAAAUAGAAAGUGGUCUAAACAAGCACUAAGCUAAUGUGAGCCUAAAGCCCACCUGAAAACCAGUUACAGAGAAACAUUACUGGUACCGUUACUGAACUAGUAUGACUCAUGGGAUGUACGCUGUAGGUAUAAGCCUUCCAUUGGUCACUCAUCUUUAGGCGGCCUUGUCCUCAACUUCCUCUAAUUUUAAAAUCCACUUCACUAUAGCAGGAACACAAACACCCAGUCAUUGACCUACCACUUUGAAAAAUAUCUUUUUUGAUGACUUGGAUUGUUCUAUAAGGCAGCUCUGCAACAUUCUUUCAGUGGGUUUUCCAUUUUAAUGACAGUGCUCGUCUCAUUGUGUACAAAUGUUCCACCAGAACUAUUCCAUCCAUCACUAUUUUGAAGGAACACUAAAACCAUAUCUUUCACUUAGCUCAACCCAAGACAAUUGUGAAUAGUUUUAAGAAUUAUAAAUAAAUUGGAGCAUGUUUUUUUCUCCUUACAGCAGGAGCUUUUAAUAUGGAUGAAGUAUGUUUUCUAAAUAUUUGCUGAGAAAUAACGACAAUAACUGUAUAAUUUAGCUCUGAUUACAGGGGAAAUAGCAGUUUCCUUAAAACCAAGCAAAUACUCAUUUUUUAUUGAACUGUUAAUCACAUCCCUGCCUCGGGACAAAUCUUAGCGUUCUGGAUAACUUUUGACCUGCUGUGUGCUUAACUAGAAGUCUCCUUGAGCUAAGCCAGCAAUCAUCUGCAAUUAAUUAACUGGAAGUGGAUCAACUGAAAGCAGUCUCAAUUUCCCCUAACUGUGAUUAGUAUCUAAUUGCAUUCCAGGAGUUAAAAUUUUAUUAUAAACCUGUGAAAUUCAGAUUUACCCAAAUGAACACUCAACAAGACUGUACUGCGUUUUAUGAAAAUAUGAUAACACGUUCAUCUUAAAACUGAAGAUUUUGGCACAUCAGUGAACAACCACAUUUUCCACAGGUAGCGCUCAUUUUUUCACAUAGUCUAACGAUCCUUUUGCCAAUAUUUACUUGCAGUGAAGGCAAAAUCACUUGUGCACCAUGUGUUGAGAGAAUCUAAAUCCUCCAACCAUCACUGCUCUCCAGCAUCUGCUGCUCAGAGUUUUAAAAGGCCUCUCAGCUUUCAGAACUGCAGAAAUCAUGCAACAGUUCCUCUCCUUUGUAAAAUGCGCCACCUAAGAAUGUGAGGUUUUAAAGAGAGUGUCCUGGUGGAUGCACAGACUAACAGAGACUGCAUAUGAUUAGUGUCAACGCGUUGUGUUGCUGCUUUGGCAUGAAGUGACAGGUGACAGAGUGUGUGUGCACAGACCGACGUGUAUUCAAAAAUGAUGCUGUGACGUACUUUUGACAGCGUUUUUGAUGUCGUUUAUUUUCUUCUUUCAAAUGUUUGAUGUGUUCUUUUGAUGUGCCCGGCAUGCUUCACCUUUCUGUGUUAGAGAAUUAUGCUUGAAUCUCAUAAGCACUCAUGUAAUAAAUGUUGGUACUAGACACACA